AUGGCUGGAGAGGCAGUUCGCCAGCUCGUGUCGGCUGACACAGACAACUACAUCUUGGAGGACGUCUCCAUCAAUACGCCGCUGGUUGUGCCUCCAGGCUUGUCGUAUGGCGCAUCACUACAAGGUCUCGAAGAUAUUACAGCCUCUACCACGCAAAUGGCAGCAUCAGCAUCAGCCUACAAUGAUGUUGAGAGUAGUUCGCGCUACUUGCUACACCCAGCAGUUCUUGAUAUGGGCUUGCAGCUCAAUCUCGUUGCCAUGUGCCAAGGACUUAGAAGAAGAUGUGACGUGCUACUGGUUCCAAGCUUCAUCAAGGAGAUCGUGGUUGUAGCAGCACGAUAUCAAGAGAUUGAAGGCAAAGAGCAGGAGAUGAUUGACUUCAGCGGUGGUAGACUUGGCAUGACUGCGGCGGUCAAAUGGGUUAAGCCAGGUCGAUCAUUGGAGGGCACUAUCAAGGCACAUCAAGGCAGUCGAGGCGAGCAUCCACGUUUCGUCAUGCGGGACGUCACACUCUCAGCCAAGCCACGGGCUCAAAUCCAUCCCAGUCUAGAAAGCCUCAAGCUGGUAUCACACUUUGACUGGGCCCCUGAUGUCGACUUGAAUGACACGAACUAUGUCAGCUCCACAGCUUGGUUGAUUCACUUCAACAAGGACGACUUGCUUUAG